AUGGCUCACAAUUCGUUGACUGACGCUCCUCGCAAUUUCAGGGAAGGCAUUGACUGGCUGUUGGCCCUGAAGGGAACCGACGCUGAAGACAACCUGAAAGCACUUGGUACCGCACUUUAUGACUUCCUCUCCAAACCGCAUCCCGGUUCUACGCAGAUACAAUCUCUUGAGAAUGUUAAAAACGCUUCUAAAACAUUUAUGGCGGAUCAGGAGUUUAAGGACCAAAAACCCAUUCAGAACACACUGGGUAUGUUGAUUGGUACCGUGAAGAGAACUCCUGGAGAGUUCACCAAUUCCAAGCGCCUCACUGCAGAAACGAUCGCAGAAAAGUUAAGCAAUGUUGCGGAUGCCUGUGAUCAGUUCUUGGAUGACAUAAAAGAUCAUAACCAGUAUAAUUCUGCGUACGGUGCAGAAGCGACGUGGGAUGCGUCGUGCGCAAAAGACCCGGAGGCUUGCGCAGUGGUUCUCGUGGGAAUGGCGCCUAUGUUGUACGCCGGAAUACAAUCUUUGAGAAAAAUGAGCAAUCGUGGAAUGUGGUUAGAUCAAAAUUAUGUAGAGUGUAAGCGUGUGAGAGCGUUGGUGAAGGCCUUUGGUUACGAUAGAUUGGAGGUCCGCUCUCUCAUGACUGAUUCGUAUGUUUCCUGGGCGUUGAGGAGUAUAAAUAAGAAAACAUUGGCAACACUAAAAGACCUUGCGGGGAUUUGCGCUUUCUAUUGA